UCAAAAAUAUUCUGGGUUACGUGUGGCUACAGACCCGUCUGACGUCGGUUUACAACUUUUUAACUAAAUUAUUGAGAGUCCAAGACGAUAAGGCUAUUAUAUACUGUGGCUUUCGAGAAUCACUGUUGCUAUUUGGCUAAUUAUCUCAUCCAAGAGUCCAAGACGAUAAGGCAUACAAUCAAGCCUUGCAAAGGCAAAAAUUAACAGGCACUUCUAGUGUUGUAUUGUGAAUAAAAUAUGGAAAUGUGAAUGGUCAUAACUGGCAAAAUUUACAAAGCGGAUCAACAUUACAGAAGAGCAACAUACAUUGGUUGAAUGUAAAUAAACGAGCUACUAAAUUGCAAUCUCAUAUUAUAUAUGAUAAUAAAGUAGCAAGUUCCAGUUGAUGAAUGAAAGUUCUUGAGAAUCACGGCUGGUUAAAAGAAGCCCUGCUUAUUCCUGUGUAAAUAAUACAUUCUUAACUUUUAAAGAAUAAUCAACAGCAAGAGAUUGGCGUCAAUGCUGAGACCGUCUAUCACUAUGACUAAUAGGCAUUGCUUUCAGACACAAAGCAUAGUUCCACAAAGACAAGUUUGAAGAUUUAUAAACAUCAUCAAAUCAGACACCAACGAAAAGAAUAACCGAAUCAUAUUAGAGCAAAACAAGACCAUCAAUAAAACUAAUAAAGAGUAAUUCAAUGGUGGAAUCAGAAUAUCAAUAAGCAAAAUUUGGUACAUGGUCUCAAAACAUUAAUGUCUUGAUUCACAUUUUAUUUCUUCCUCAUUUUCCACUUUCCACCCUCUCAAGACAAAUAAAUACCCGAAAAAUAUCAGCAGGCCAAUCAAUCAAUCAAUAAAACUAAUAGAGCAAGUAAUUUAAUGGUGAAAUCAGAAUAUCAAUAAGCAAAAUUUGGUACAUGGUCUCAAAAACAAUAAAGUCUUGAUUCACAUUUUACUUCUUCCUCAUUUUCCACCAUUCCGACAGGACAAAAAAAAAACAGAACAAUCAAUCAAAUCAACCAAUGAGAAUAUGUAUCCGACCAGAUGAUACAGCACGAGAUACUGAAGGAUCGAAUUAGAAUCUGAAAAUCCCCAAACGCUUAUCUCUAGCAGAUAAAAAGCUGUAACACUUAAAUAUCCAAAGAGUACGACGAAUAGGGAUCUUGACUCCAGAUUCUAAUCACGAAAAGCCUCGAGAUGAUAAAAAAAAUCAGGAACGGAAAUGACGGGUUAGUUAACUAGGAGAACCCUAAUUAAACAAAUCCUUUUAAAAAAUUCGAUUUAGCGCAGCUAUGACUCGACACGCUUCCAUUGAGCGUUUGUGGAAGGCGAUCUUAAGGGCUGCGCCAACGAAAAACCCCUAAUUCGAAAACAUAAACCCUAAUUUGAUUCCAAUACUACAGCAAUUGCGAAGAGAAGCGAGAAAGCGAUAUAUAAGGGAGACAGUGUUUUACCCUAAUCCAACUUAAGGCCUAUUACAUAUAAAACUUAUUGUAGGCCCAUAAGCCCAUCGUUUGUAAAGCCCAAUAACUAAAAUUUUUCAUUAGUGUUUACGACGUGUCAAAAAUUAUGGAUAAACUUAAACGGAUUUUUGUUAAUACAGUUCUUAACCGACAUUUACGUUUUCACUAUCCCUUAUUAAAAAACAAAUCUCAUACAUACAGAUAAACAUACACUACAGCAUUAUAAUACAUAUAUUUACUUCCCAAAACAGCUAUUUCCCAAAUUAAAAAACAAAUAUUCAGUUAUAGAAAGCAUUCCAUUAAUAGAAUCAAAUAAAAAUCACCCUUUACCCUUGCAUACAUAUACACAACCACAUCCUCUCCUCUCCUUAUCACAAAACACACAACAAGAACAAUAAGUUUGUGAGCCGACAUGAGUCCCCUCCAAACUGAUGAGCUUGGUGAGCCGUCGCCAAUGAGAAAGAUGAUAUCAGUGUCUUCGAUCGCUGCUGGUGUACAGUUUGGAUGGGCGUUACAGCUAUCUCUCCUCACUCCCUACGUGCAGCUCCUCGGCAUCCCGCACAAGUGGUCUUCCCUCAUCUGGCUAUGCGGUCCCAUCUCCGGCAUGCUUGUCCAGCCGACCGUUGGUUACUACAGCGACCGAUGCACGUCCAAGUUCGGUCGUCGGCGUCCUUUUAUCGCCUCCGGAGCGGUCCUCGUCGCCGUCGCGGGGAUCUUGAUCGGAUACGCCGCUGACCUCGGACGAGUACUUGGAGACAAACUCGAGGAGACCGUGAAGGUGCGUGCGAUAUGCAUCUUCGCUCUCGGGUUCUGGAUCCUCGACGUGGCUAACAACACUCUCCAAGGCCCAUGCCGCGCUUUCCUCGCGGACUUAGCCGCUGGAGACGCGAGGAAAACGCGGACCGCAAACGCGUUUUUCUCGUUCUUCAUGGCGGUUGGAAACGUAUUGGGGUACGCGGCUGGUUCUUACACCAACCUUCACAAAAUGUUUCCCUUCACGAUGACUAAAGCUUGUGAUAUUUAUUGUGCGAAUCUAAAGAGCUGUUUCUUCCUCUCCAUCAUUUUACUUUUGUUUGUCACCGUUUCAUCGUUAUGGUACGUUAAAGACAAGCAAUGGUCGCCGGAGGAAGCAGACUCCGACGUGAAAACGCCCUUCUUCGGGGAGGUCUUUGGAGCUUUCAAGGUGAUGGAACGUCCCAUGUGGAUGUUAAUAAUAGUCACGGCGCUAAACUGGAUCGCGUGGUUCCCUUUUCUUUUGUUCGAUACUGAUUGGAUGGGUCGUGAGGUGUACGGUGGAGACUCGAGCGGAAACGAGAGUUCGAAGAGGCUUUACAACCAGGGAGUGCAUGCUGGUGCGUUGGGGCUGAUGAUAAAUGCAAUCGUUCUUGGGUUCAUGUCGCUUGGUGUUGAAUGGAUUGGUCGGAAAAUGGGAGGAGCUAAACGGCUUUGGGGAGUUGUGAACUUCAUUCUUGCUGUGUGUUUGGCCAUGACGGUUUUGGUUACAAAGUUGGCGGAUGCUCACAGGAAAACCGCAGGUGUUUUAGCCGGUCCGACCGAUGGCAUUAGAGCUGGGGCAUUGACUCUCUUUGCUAUUCUUGGUAUUCCUCUUGCUGUAACGUUUAGUAUUCCGUUUGCAUUAGCUUCCAUAAUCUCAAACAACUCUGGCGCAGGCCAAGGUCUUUCACUGGGAGUUCUAAAUUUGGCAAUCGUGAUACCACAAAUGGUGGUGUCGCUUGGAGCUGGACAGUUCGAUUCGUGGUUCGGAGGUGGAAACCUACCAGGAUUUGUGGUUGGAGCAAUUGCAGCGGCAAUCAGUGGUGUAGUGGCAAUAACUGUCCUACCUUGAUUAGAUCUAUGUUAUGUGUGUUUAUCACGGCCGGCUCUAGUAUUUUAAUACCCCUAUAGAGCAAGAAAGAGUUAUAAGGCCAAGUUUGAAUUAUGUUUAUCUGUCUG